UAGUCGCUUUCGCUGCUCGUUUUCAGAAAAAUACAAAUCUGUGAAUUCUGUCUUAAAUGGGAAACUGUUCUCAUUUUAUGUGGUGCUUUGCUUAAUAGUGUUACGGAUUAACGCCGUCUGCUCAAAGUCAGAUAUCGAGCGGGUGCUUGUGUACGCGUAGCGCUCUCUAUCGGCAUUCGGCGAAGUGCGGAGAGCGGGGAGCGUGCGGGGGCCGCGGGGCGAGUUUUCGUCCCCCUACUUCAGUUCGACUGUGAAGCGCUGCAGUAAGGACGUGUUGUCGCUCGCCGCCACCAAGGAUCGUUCGCGCGGCAACUUUGAACUGUGACUGUGCCCAAAAAGUGAUAUCGUAAUAGAGAAUGUGUAUUGGAUUGCGGUGCCCCACUAAUUGGAUGCAGUGAUUGGAUCACAUUAACUGGAUUGCAGUGUUUUUGAUUUGGAUUUUGCAUUUUUCUCACCGGCCAAACUGGGGAUGCAUAAGAUGGAGCUCGGCGACAGCGUGUACGCCGCUGAGCGUAUCAUGAAGAAGAGAAUUAGAAAGAACAAAGUGGAGUACUUCGUGAAAUGGAAAGGGUGGAAACCGAAGCACAACACGUGGGAACCCGAGGAGAAUAUACUCGAUCCGCGCCUCAUUCAGAGCUUCGAACGGGGCGAGGAGAUACGCAAACACCCGGGUCGGAAGCGGGAGAGGGAACUCUCGCCAGUGGAGAGAGAACGGAGCGGAUCCGAGGAGACGCACCCUCCUCCCGGCAAACGCAAGGCCGCCGUUCUAUCUCAAGAGUCGGGCAAAAUCGGAGUCACGAUUACCAUGAGUCCGCCAGCAAAACGACACGACUCCACGAAGCUGAACGGCGGGCGGACGCCGCACGCGAACCAGCCCCCGCCCCCCGCGGCACCUCCCGGCGGGGCCGCCGCUCCCGCCUCCCCCGCCGCGGAAGCCGCCGCGCCGAGAACCGGUCCGAGAAGAGCGCCGCACUCGCCCGAAGAAGCGGACGCUCAUACUCCUCCGGAACGUGAACGACGCACGGAUAGCCAGCCAACGGCGACUGCGCCGGCGGAGCCGAAGGGUGCCCGGCCGCCACCUCCCGCGCCCCAGCCCGAAGACGAGGACUCGUGGGGCGAGGCGCCGCCGGUGGUGCCCCCGCCACCUCCGCAGCCGCCACGCCGGGACGCCGCGUACUGGAUGUCGCGCUCUCCCGUCGCCGACCAAAUCUUCAUCACCGAUGUAACAGUCAACCUUCAAACGGUCACUAUCAGGGAGUGCAGAACGGAGCGAGGCUUUUUCAGAUCACGCGACUCUCGGCCCCUGGACGUCACGUAAAUCGAAGUAAUAUGUAAUUUUGUACAGAAAUAGUUAGCUAGUAUUUAUUUUGUUUAUUCUUGAGGUACUGAGGACCUGGUGGAGUGAACUGAGGUUGCACGUAAAUGUGGGCAUAGAUGACAGUAGUAGGAAUGUUGAGAUAAAUAGUUGGGAAACAAGUUCAAACUAAAAAUUAAUUAUUUAUAUAAGUGUAAUAAUGCAAUAUGACCACCAACUUAACAUACUUACCUAAUUAGACAGAGUAUUGUCAAUUGUUAAAAAUAAGAAACUAUAUUAUUCGUUAAAUUGUUUGUAAUAAUGGUGAUUAAUGUAUGGCAAUUAAUGCCAUUUUGUACAGAACCAUUGUUUGGUACAGUUUUUUAACAACAUUUAUAAAGACGCAUACAAGAUACUCGUAGACGCAUAAUAUUUCCACUAAAUUAAUAUUUACUUAGCAAUAAAUAUGCCUACCAUUUUGUGUCAAAUAUAAGUCAAGUGCAGAUAUUGUAAGAAUUAUCCCAAGACAAUAUAUGUCCGUCGAAUCUCUAAACUUGGGACGUUUAUGUACAGUCACUGAAAAUGAUAUUUGUAUAAAACUUGUGUAUAUAUUUUGUUUAAGCAAUUGUUGUUGUUAUUGUGAUUUAGUUAUAACAUUUUAUUUAAUUAUUUCUUAACUCUGAAUGAUAUAGUAAGUAGCUAUCAUGAACGUCACUGCUUUGAAACUGCAUUUAAAGGCUUUAUAAUUACGAAUGAACAAUUAGCAAAUUAAAAUGUUGCCUUAUAGGCAACAAACGGGAUCACUCAUACGCAAGUGGCAGCUUGCAUGUAAAAAUAAUAAAACUUAAUACAAACUUGUAUGCAAUGGAAACACCCCAUGAUGUUGCAACGUUAAUUGUACUAUAAAUACCUCCAUAUUAAAAAAAAUAUAUCAAUACAAAACUGUACCUAAUUGCGAUUUUUAAAUCUAAGUUAUAUACUUAAGAUUUGUAAUACCUACCUACUUGUUUUUCAAUGUCAUGUAGGUGCCUAUUGUACUAAAAUAUAUAUUUGAACAGUGUAACAUACCUACUGUAAUUAGAUAUAAAGAAACGAAACAAAUUAGACAAUUUAUAAAACAAUAAAAGCUCAUGCGAUAUUACUACAGUAGUAUCAAGUUUAGCUUUUUUUGUAAUUUGAAAUAUUGUCAUUCCAUUGUUUAAUGAUGUAGGUAAUAAAAUAGCAAAUAAUAUGUAAUACUUACCUCAUGUUCGUCAGUUAAAUAGCAAAAUUAUUAUUAUAAUGAAAUUUUGUAUAAAGUCUCUUUUAUGUAAG